AUGGCGGGGGCCUCAGUGUCCCCCGUCCUCGUCCUGACACAGACGGGCUACGGCACCACCGACUCUUGCCUGGCUCGGCGGAGCGGGCGGCACAACCGGUCCCGACCCGAUCAGCAAAAAACCACAGUGAUUGAAAACGGUGAAAUCAGAUUCAAUGGAAAAGGGAAAAAGAUUCGGAAGCCUCGAACCAUUUACUCUAGCCUACAGCUCCAGGCUUUAAAUCAUCGCUUUCAGCAGACUCAGUACCUGGCACUUCCAGAGAGAGCUGAACUGGCAGCUUCAUUAGGACUUACCCAGACACAGGUGAAGAUCUGGUUUCAGAACAAGCGCUCCAAAUUCAAGAAGCUGCUGAAGCAGGGCAGCAACCCCCACGAGAGCGACCCUCUGCCCGGCUCCGCCGCCCUCUCCCCCCGCUCUCCGGCUCUGCCUCCGGUCUGGGACGUUUCAGCUUCUGCCAAGGGAGUCAAUAUGCCUCCCAACAGCUACAUGCCUGGCUAUUCUCACUGGUAUUCUUCUCCACAUCAAGACACAAUGCAGAGACCACAAAUGAUGUGA